AUGUCUGAUGGUCGCGAGACGCCAGAUAAUGGAGGCGCCGAUCAAGGCCCUCCAGACUCGGCAAUGCCGUCAACCGAUGCAGAAGCUUCUAAAAAACCGUCAGGCAUGCUUAAAACAGCCUUCGAUGAUGGUGCACUUAAAGUUAUGGAAGAUGAAUUUCAAACUGUGCUCAAUGAACUUGUUGGUGGCGAUCGAAGUUUAGAUAAAUUUCGUACAGAAUAUGAAAAGCUUCAUAAAGCUUUACUUAAAUCACAUGAUAGUGAAAAACGUUUAAUGCAAAAAUGUCGAGAAUUAAAUGCUGAACUUGUAACAAAUUCAGCUAAAGUACAAUCAGCUAUGAAAUUAAGUGAUGAAGAUAAAAGUUCUAUUGCUUCAUUACGAAAAGAAAUUGAAAAAGCAUGGAAAAUGGUUGAUGCUGCACAUGAAAAAGAACAACGAGCUAAAGAAACUAUACAAAGUUUAAGAAUUGAAAUUAAUAAUUUAAGUAAAUUAGUCGAACAAGGAGCAGGAAUUAAUAUGGGUCAAGAACACGAUGUAAAUGAUUUAAUGAAAAUGCGUGAUGAAUUAAGUCAAGAACGUGAUAAAUUAUUAAAUGAUAUAACACAAUUACGUCGUGAUCUUGAUGAAAAUUCAUUUAAACAAAGUGAUUUAGAAAAACAAAUACAUGAGGCUAAUGAACAAAUACUUGCUUUACAAGAAAAAAUAACUCUGUCAAAAACUGAAAAUAUGAAAGAAGCAAAAAGACGAGAACAAAUUGAACUUGAACUUAAAACAAGUAAACAAAAUUUAGAAUUAAAAAAUGCUGAAUUUAAAGCACAAACAGCACAAUUUGACACUCAACAACAAGAAUUAAAAAAAGCUCAACAACAUUUAAGACAAUUAAAAGAAGAUAAUGUUCGUUUCUCAAAAGAAAAUCAAAUUCUUCAAGUACGUCUUGAUAAUUCUCGUACACAAUUUACUGAACUUGUAACAACAAAUGAAAAACUUGCUAAUGAUUGUGCACGUCGUGUAACUGAACUUAAAGAAAAAGAAGAUGAUCUUGUACAAUUACGUAAAGAACGUGAUACAGAACAAAAGAAAAAAGAUCAAGCUGAAAAACGUUUACGACAAGUUGAAGAUCAAGUUGGGGAAAUUGAACAACAACGUGAACGUUUACGUUCAACAAUAUCAUCAUUCGAACAAGAAAUUGAACGAUUUAAAAAAAGUCAAGAUGAAAAUCGAAAACAAAUUGAUUCAUUAACACGUGAACGUGAACAAUUAAAUAAAACAUGUCAAAAAUUAAUUUCGGAUAAUCAAAAACAAACUGAUCAAGUUAAAAGUUUUGAUCAAUCAAAAAAAACUUUAGAACAAGAUAUUACAAAUUAUAAAGAAGAAGCAAGUAAACAAAGAAAAAUUAUUCUUAAAAUGGAAAAAGAACGAGAUCGGUAA